UGUUUCCUCCAUAAUUCAAUGUCUGUUGUGCUGUUGUGCAUCAUUCGGCGCAAUUUCCAUACAAGAAUUUCCACAGUGAAAUUCACAAACAUUACUAAACAAAUAAACAAAUUGGAUUGCAAACCUCUCGAUACAUAAGCCCCAACCAAAAGAUUAUUAUCAGGUGAAAAAUGUCGAGCACUUCGCAGAAACACAAGAAUUUUGUGGCUGAACCCAUGGGAGACAAACCUGUAACAGAGCUAGCCGGUGUUGGAGAGGUCCUAGGAAAGAGGCUAGAAGCUGCGGGAUUUGAUAAGGCAUCUAUUGUUCUCGGUCAAUAUCUAGUCCUCAAGAAAGAUCGAGAAUUAUUUCAAGAAUGGAUGAAAGACGUUUGCGGAGCCAGUCUCAAGUACUCGAACGAUUGCUAUCAAUGCCUGAACGACUGGUGUGAAGAGUUUUUGUAGAUUAGUAAUAGUUUUCAUAUGAUUAAACCGAGAAAAAUCAUUGCAAUUUAUGUCUAGCAAUUUCCACAGCUAUUAUUUCUCAAGAAAAAAAUCAGACUAUAAAGAAAUAAACCUACGGGCGAAUAUUUUUGUAUUUAUGGAGCCAUAAAUUAUGGUUUUUAGACGAUUGGCAUCCAGUGACGUACCUGUAAGAAAAAAAAAA